UUGACGUCGUUUUGCGGCUCAGCGGUGGCAGCUGCUGAAGACGGAAUUUAUAGCAGCAGACGGAGAACCGAAUACACGGAUGAGCUGCUUGGUGUUAUCGAGUUAUUACACCGUUUAGCGCAGCGGAGACUCGCUGGGAAAACCUGGACGUCGCCGUUAAACUGAAGGGCGGAUCCGCCAGAAGCGAAAACUUCAGAUUAAAAGCCGUCCUGCGAUGUUUAUUCAUUUAACUGUGUCCUGAUAAUCAGAGAAUUUAUCACAAAGCAGUAAUACCUCGUUGAUUUAUUCCAGGACUGACAGAUAUAGCGGCAGAAAACUCCAUUUCAGAGGGCAGCUGUCAUGUCUUCCAGCGAUCGUCCAUUAGACAUCUACAUAAAGGCUGAACCGAGCAGUCCAGAUGGCGGUGGAGGAGGUCGGACCAGCCCUGGUGGAGCCUCUUCAGAUUCCUCCCAGAGUGGAGGUGGAGGGACCAGAGUCGACGGCGUCAAACGUUACUCGCCGCCACUCUACACACCAGCUCUACAUUGUCACCUCAAACAAGAGGUUGGUGAUGGAGCAGAAGAGGGCUCCACUAGCAAUGGCACAGGGCGAUGCAAGUACGCCCUCAGUACGCUACCCAAGAGGCUGUGUUUAGUCUGCGGGGACGUGGCUUCGGGAUACCACUAUGGUGUUGCCUCAUGUGAGGCCUGCAAAGCCUUCUUCAAGAGAACUAUUCAAGGUAACAUUGAAUACAGCUGUCCAGCUUCAAAUGAGUGUGAGAUCACCAAAAGGCGCAGAAAGGCUUGCCAGGCAUGCCGCUUCACCAAGUGCCUCAAAGUCGGCAUGCUGAAAGAGGGAGUUCGUCUUGACCGGGUCAGAGGUGGGAGACAGAAAUACAAACGACGUCCAGAAGUGGAAAAUGCAACAUACCAGAGUGCCCCUUUACCCCUGACAAAGGACAGUGAAAAAGGUUCCCCCAACAUCAUCGUGUCCCACCUUCUAUUAGUGGCUGAGCCUGAAAAGUUAUUCGCCAUGCCCGACCCCCUGCAACCAGACACGGCCCAGCGCACACUCACCACUCUGUGUGAUCUCGCAGACCGUGAGCUGGUGGUAAUCAUUGGCUGGGCCAAACACAUUCCCGGCUUCCUGUCGCUUUCCCUGGCGGACCAGAUGUCCGUGCUGCAGUCGGUCUGGUUGGAGGUGCUGGUUCUGGGUGUCGCGUACCGCUCAGUCGGCUGUGAGGAAGAAGUUGUGUUCGCGGAGGAUUUUGUUCUUGAUGAGGAAAUGUCACGUGUUGCUGGAUUAACUGAACUAAAUGCAGCGAUUACGCAGCUGGCUCGCCGUUUCCGUACGCUAAACCUGGACCGGGAGGAAUUCGUCAUGCUAAAAGCCAUUGCGCUCACCAACUCAGACUCUGUUUACAUUGAGGACAUGGAGGCGGUGCAGAAACUGCGGGACCUUCUCCACCAGGCGCUGCUGGAGCUGGAGAGUCAGCGCCGCCCGGACGACCCCCAGCGGACGGGACGCCUCCUCCUCACGUUGCCUCUCCUUCGACAGACUGCUGGUCGCGCUCUCACCACCUUCUACAGCAUCAAGACCCGCGGCGGCGUUCCCAUGCACAAACUGUUCCUCGAGAUGCUGGAAGCCAUGAUGGACUCCCCGUAGAGCAACCCCACCACCCCAACACGAAAGGACGCAGAGCACAGAUGUCGUCUCCCAGAGUCUAUGUUGACGUGACAGGAACCGUUUUUUUUAUUUGACAAAUAAUGAGGAAGAUGUGUUCACGUUUCCAACUGCAAAUUGGAUCUUUACUGUAAGUUGUAACGGACGAACUUCAGGGAAAAGAUCAGUUAUCUGAAUGGGGAGGGGGAAAAAAACUGAAAAUAAAAAGUGGGUGAAAUGUGAAUCCCAGAACAUGACGUCAUUUCAGCCAUGUUGACGGUGUUUUAAUCCAUGCAGUUUUAUAGUUGCUGAAGAAAACAUGUUGAGGUACAAGAACAGACUGUGAUUGUGUUGAGAUU